ACUCCUCUCACUUCCCUCUCUCUGCGAACUCAGACGCUUCAGCCUCCGUCCCCCUAGUAGGCGCCUUCCCGUUCUCAGACUCUUCUGCUACAGAGCCAUGGCGUCUUCUUCGCCUCCCAUUCAUGUGAAGGACAAGAUUGAACUCGUCGAGAAGGAGAAGCAGAUUUUCCACAGAUUACUCGAAGUUCUUCAACAUUUUAAUCUCCAGACUCAGCUCCGAGUCGCUGGCGGUUGGGUUCGGGAUAAGCUUUUGGGCAAGGAUUGCUACGACAUUGACAUUGCACUGGAUAACAUGUUAGGUCGGGAGUUCUGUGAAAAAGUCAAUGAAUACUUAUCAUACUGUGGGGAAGAAACACAAGGAAUAGGUGUUAUCCAAUGCAAUCCUGAUCAAUCAAAACACUUGGAAACAGCAAGGAUGCGCUUAUUUGAUAUAUGGAUUGAUUUUGUAAACCUGAGGUCUGAACAUUAUAGUGAGAACAGCCGCAUUCCUACAAUGAAAUUUGGCAGUGCGGAAGAGGAUGCAUUUAGAAGGGAUUUAACCAUCAAUAGCUUGUUCUAUAAUAUCAAUACUAGUUCGGUGGAGGAUUUCACUAAGAGAGGUGUUGCAGAUCUUAAAUCUGGAAAGAUAGUUACUCCUUUACCUCCAAAGGAGACAUUUUUGGAUGAUCCUCUACGAGUUCUUCGAGCUAUUCGUUUUGGUGCAAGGUUUGGAUUUGUAAUUGAUGAAGAGUUAAAGGAAGCUGCUUCUUGUGAUAAAGUAAAAGCUGCUAUUGCAGAUAAAGUUAGCAGAGAGCGCAUUGGUCAUGAAAUUGAUCUCAUGAUCUCUGGCAACCAACCAGUUAAAGCAAUGACACACAUAUGUGACUUGCAGUUAUUUUGGGUUAUCUUCAGUCUUCCUGAUAAAUAUGAGCCUAUAAUUGCAGAAGGAUGUGAAAGGACUUGUAUUGCUCACAUGGAUGCUGCUUUCAACCUUUUGCAACAAAUUGAAUGCCCGACAAUUACUGAUGAACAAAUCAGGCUUUACCUAUUUGGAGCAUUAUUUCUUCCACUUAGAAAAUCUGUGUAUAGAGACAACAAAGGCAAAAAGAUUCCCCUGGUCAACCAUGUCUUUCGGAAUUCUCUCAAGCUUAAAGCCAGUGAUGCAGAGAUGGUUAUAAGCUUACAUAAUGCAUCAGAAAGAUUUAUAUCCUUGAUUCCUUUAAUAGCAUUAAAUGAGGAAGGAAAAAUUGAAGUUGAUCUGGGAAGAGAAGAGAUUGAUGUACCAGUUGAUUCAAGAAGACGGAUAUUGGCAGGAUUGCUUCUAAGAGAGAUUAAAGGUUUUUGGCGAGUGGCCUUACUGAUGUCAACAUUGUUAUAUCCCAUAAAUCCUAAACAAAAUGAAGAACUCCUGGACAGACAUUUUGAAUUGGAAAAGAGUCGAGAAUUGUUCAAGAGAGUUGAGAAUAAGAUUGUUGAUCUAGGUCUUGAAAAUGUAUGGGAACUGAAACCAUUGGUCAAUGGAAAGGACAUCAUGAACGUUUUGCAGCUCAAGACUGGAGGGCCUCAAGUCAAGGAAUGGCAACAAAGAUUGCUUGAAUGGCAGCUUGCCCAUCCAUAUGGCACUGCAGAGGAAUGUCUUGAUUGGAUGAGGCAAACACAUUCAAAACGUGCCAAGCUGGAGCAAUAAAUGCGAUUGUUCAUUAGCAUACUGUUUGAACCAGCUGGUUCAGUAAGAAAAUGGGGGGAUGAGGCAACGUCGGGAAGUGUAUAGGUCAGUUAAUUUAUUUACAAUUUAUCGAAUGUGUUAGUAAAAUCUUAACGUAUAACUUAGUCUAUUGUAGAAGAGGCUGAACCCAGAUUAGAGAAAUGAUUCCAUUCUCCACAUCGAAUAACUGGCUUCUGUUGGCACCUGCAAUGGAAUCCUAUAUGGGUGGACAAAGAGAGGAGAGAAAUCCCCCUUGAACUAAAACCGUUGGACUGGGGCUUUUCGAUUUUAAUCUCUGGUUUGAUAGGAUGAUGUAUGGACACUUUGUAGUCAAAACUUUAACCCCAUAAACAGGAAUAGAAGAUUCCAAUGUAAAGGUGUCUGUAGAAAGCCUAGAGUCCAAGAUGUUUUUCCUCAUGUAUUCUCCCUCAUCAGCAAGUUCCAAGUCCAACCA